UUGAUUUAGUUAUUUAUUUAUUUUUUUCCGGGCCGUCGCUACGACCCUGGGCUGGUGGCUCCGGCAUGGGGAGUGGAGCCCCCGGAGCUGCGGCAGCGGCGUAGUGAGGGAGCAGCCCGAGGCAGCUGCGGCUCGGCGGUGAGUAUCCGGGAAGCGCCGCCGCCAUGGGGCUCCGUAAGAAGGGCACCAAGAACCCCCCGGUGCUGAGCCAAGAAUUCAUCCUGCAGAAUCAUGCGGACCUCGUCUCCUGCGUGGGGAUGUUCUUCGUGCUGGGGCUCAUGUUCGAGGGAACGGCCGAAGUGUCGAUCGUCUUCCUCACUCUUCAGCACAGCGUGGUGGUCCCUGCGGAAGAGCUGGCUGCGGGAUCCCAGACGCUGUAUCAUUACGGGGUCAAGGAUCUGGCCACGGUCUUCUUCUACAUGCUGGUGGUGAUCAUCAUCCACGCCACGAUCCAGGAGUACGUCCUGGAUAAAAUCAGCAGGAGGAUGCAGUUCACCAAAGCCAAGCAGAACAAGUUCAACGAAUCUGGCCAGUUGAGUGUCUUCUACAUUGUCUCCUGUAUCUGGGGCACCGUCAUCCUCCUGUCCGAAAACUGCCUGUCAGACCCCACUCUCCUCUGGAGGACUCAUUCCCACACCAUGAUGACGUUUCAGAUGAAGUUUUUCUACAUCUCACAGUUGGCUUACUGGUUUCAUGGUUUUCCGGAACUCUACUUCCAGAGAAUCCGAAAACAAGACAUCCCUAGUCAACUCAUCUACAUUGGCCUUCACCUCUUUCACAUCACUGGAGCCUACCUCUUGUACUUGAACCACCUGGGACUACUUCUGUUGGUGCUGCAUUAUGUCGUUGAAUUGAUUUCCCACCUGUGCGACGUGUUCUAUUUCAGUGAUGAGAAGUACCAGAAGGGGGUUUCUCUGUGGACCAUCGUGUUUGUCUUGGGACGACUCACGACUUUGGUUGUUUCAUUGGUCACUGUGGGGCUACACUUGCUUGUAUCCCAUUCCCGGGAUGGGGAUACGGAUUCCAUCAGUGGAAACGUCAACGUGUUGGCCGCAGAAAUCGCUGUUCUGUCGUCCAGUUGCACCAUCCAAGCAUAUAUAACCUGGACCUUACUGACCGUCUGGCUUCAGAGGUGGCUAGAGGAUUCUAAUCUUCAGGCCUCGAGUCUGAAGAAGAAAAAACCCAUGAUUAAAGGCCGGUCUUCUAGAAAAGGAACAGAAAAUGGAGUGGAGACUGCACACAGAGUAGAUGCCCCGCCAAAGAGGAAAGAGAAGACUUCAUAAUGAUUUAUCAGCUAAUUGAGCAAUAUCUGCAAAGGAAUCUGCUCUAUCCUAUGAGAUCUCUCUCUSUGUGUGUGUGCUAGAGAUUUUUUUCUGUUCUUCAAAAUAGUUUGUGCUCUUUGAUCAUUGCUAUUGUACUGUUUAAUGUGUAUUUUAAGUAAUUUGAGGGGAGAAUAAGUGGAAAACAUUUUGGUUAAGACUAAGCUACCCAACAUCAAAAUAGUGAAAAAAAAAAAAACACCUUAAGGAUAACUAUGAUAUUUUGUUUUGAUUUU